AUGGAGGACUUUGAUUCUGAUUAUUUCUGGGGGAAUGAGUCCUUCGAGGAUGCUAGGACCUUGACCAUUGAUCAGACCUCCACCGGUGCAUCGAGAGCCUCAGAGAUCAGUGAGUUGUUCCCUGAGUUUGUCUCAAAGCUACAGGAUGAAAGGGCGAGACGUGCGGCUGCCGAGGAGGAGGAAAAGAGGGAGAGACUACGAAAAUUACUAGGGCUGGAUAAAGCGAAGGCUCGUGAUUCGGCGGAGACGAUAGGAACCCCUGAGGACACAUUAUCCUCGUCCCCAAGAAGCAGCAGCGAGAGCAGUGGGAAUCUCUGUCUCAGGGACAUCGCAGUCAGUGAUUCACAACUGAAACUCCUGAAUAUUUACAAUAUGUAUCCUGUACCUGAGGACCCGGGGCUGGUGUCCGGGUUUUGGGUGCUAUUCCCGAGGGAGGUAUCUUACAAAGAGGAUGGGAUCCAGAAGUUCAUGGAUGUCAGCGGGAGAAUGAAACUCAGGCCGAUUAAAAAAGUCUGUGAGAUGCUGAAGACCGAUGAAAUUGAUCUGGGGUUUUAUGGUAUUGAUCCGAGGAUUGUUCGGGCGCUUUCGGACGCCAUUACUAACAAUACUUCAGUGCAAACGUUAAAUCUACAAGAAAAUUGGCUGACUGUUGACGCCUGUUUCCACUUGAACGAUCUAUUGAUAAAUAACGGAGUAUUGUCGUGGGUUAAUUUAUCGGGAUGUCGAAUGGGCCCCCGGGGUGCGAAGAGACUCAUGAGCGGGAUCGGAAGAGCCCCGGUUUUAGAGUACUUGAACGUCAGCAAAUGUGAACUGGGGGAUGAGGGGGGUGGGUACAUCUGCGAUGGGGUGUGUGACAGCAUCAGUCUGAAAACCCUCGAUUUGUCCGAUAACAGUCUCGAGGGGGCCUGCGUCUGGCCGUUCUAUUACAUGCUGGCGCAGACCGAAACGUUAGAGGAAAUUAAUUUGUCCUGGAAUUCCCUGAAGUCCGGGGACUUCUGGAAGACUUUUCUGCUGGGAAUUCUGAAGAAUUUCACGAUGAUGAGGGUUGAUCUCUCCUGGAACUCUCUGGGGAAGGAGUAUCUUCCGUUUCUGAUGCAGUUGGUGGAGAAGUCGAAGAAUAUUACGGAGUUGAAUCUCUCGAACAAUCGAUUCGACGACGAAGACGUCAAAAAACUGUCAACAUCCCUCUCGAAAAGCGAAACCCUUCAGAAAUUAUUCCUCAAGAACAACCCCAUUGGUCCAGAGGGUGCACUAGCUCUCAUAAAAUCCCUCACACCAGCAGCCGCCGCCUCCUCCCGCCUUCGUCAUCUCGAUCUGGACAAUAUCUGGGCGAAUACAGAGGUGAUCCCAUUCCUGCAGGAGAUUAGAACCACCCGAUCCUCACUGACAGUCAAAUUGGGCGGAAUUUUGAGUAAUUAUCAGCUGGUGGGUCCAGACCCGAGGAGAAUAUUCCUGAAGAGAGCGAACUUCGAGGCGAUGAAGCCCAAGAAGAAGAAGCAACGAAGGAAUUUCGGUCAUUUCGUGCUGUCUCUGGAGGACUCGACAAUUUCGAAAUUAGAAUUUCGCCAGUUAAUUAGGCGUUACAAAUUGAAAUUAACGGAGUCGUUAAUUGCGGAGAUCAUGAGCGCCUUUCAAGUGGGGAAAGACGAGAUUGAUCAGGCGGGUUUGAAGGCGUUCUACCUCGGAGAAUAUCCGGAGACGACGCCUCCCCCUCCGAAACCAGAGAAAAAGAGGAAAGAGAAGAAGAGGAAGGGGGAUAAGGAUGGUAAGGCAGUGGAAGACAAUGAGGUUGAGAAACAAAAGGCGAAGAAGAAGAAAGUCACGAGGUUCGAAUGA